UACAUAGCCAGAAGCGUGACGAAGGCUGGCUUAAAAAUACAACAAGGAAGUGGACGUUUACUGUCAAGGCUAAAAUAACAUUCAUAAAGGGGACAUUUAAUUUCCUAUCGGUGUCUUAUCACUGAAUAAGUACCGGGAGGGUAUAGUCAUCUCGGACUUACCCGCAAGCCCGUGAGUAUCUGUUAGAAUAGCCGUGGAGCUCGAGUCCAGCAAUGAACACGGACGUAGAAUUUCACAUCAGGCAGAAUUACCCGUGGAACAAACUGCCAGCUAAUGUCAAGCAGAGCCUGGGAAACUUGCAGCGUGAAUAUGACAAGCAGGUUCUUCUGUACAGUAUUCGAAACCAGCUUCGCUUCCGCAAUAACCUAGUCAGGCAUGUGAAGAAGGAUGAACGCAAGUAUUAUGAAGAGCUGUUGAAGUACAGCCGGGAGCAUCUGAUGCUCUACCCCUACCACCUGUCUGACAUCAUGGUCAAGGGUCUGCGGGUCACCCCCUUCUCCUACUACAUCAGCAUCAUGGAGGACAUCAUGAACUGUGAGAAGAGUUAUGAUUCCCUGCCCAACUUCACUGCUGCUGACUGUCUGAGACUGCUUGGGAUUGGCAGGAACCAGUACAUUGACCUAAUGAACCAGUGCAGAUCUUCCAAAAAAUUCUUCCGGAGGAAAUCGGCUCGGGAUCUCCUGCCAUCAAAACCUGUGGAUAUCACAGUAGAGCCCUGGUGGGUGGUACAGACCGGAUAUAUCACCGAGGAUGACAUCAGGAUCUGCUCUGUGGCGGAGAAGGCGGCCAUUGAUAAGAUGAUAGAUUCUGGACCCCAGCUGACUGGAUCAAUGGAGUACAACGUGGUUCUGAGUUUGUACAAUCGGGGCUAUAUAUAUCUUGAUGUGCCCAUAUCAGAUGACAGCUGUAUAUCAGUGCCGCCGCUUGAGGGAUUUGUCAUGAACAGAGUCCAGGGGGAUUAUUUUGAAACGCUACUCUACAAAAUCUUCGUUUCCAUCGAUGAGCAGACUAAUGUGUCGGAGCUGGCUAAUGUACUGGAGAUUGACUUGGGCCUGGUGAAGAAUGCAGUGUCCAUGUAUUGUCGCCUGGGGUUCGCUAUCAAAAAGGGUCAGGUGAUCAGCCCGGACCAGCUGCACCCCUCGUGGAAGAGUGCCCCUUCGGUCAAUAGACUCAAAGGCACUAUGGACCCUCAGAAGAUGCUUCUGUCAUGGGAGGGUGGCAGUCCAGUGAUGGAGGCAGGUUCCUCAGCCACUGAUACAGACACCACCAGCCUGGAGGACCAGGACACUGCAAGUGUGAGCAGUCUAAGUAUUCCAGUCGCCCCGACUAAGAGGAUCGCCUUCCUGUUUGAUUCCACGCUCACUGCCUUCCUCAUGAUGGGCAAUCUGUCCCCUGCCUAUGACCGACUGCUUAUUACAUCUUGGGGUCAUGACCCUGGGGUUGUCCCGUCAUCCAAUGUGCUAACAAUGCUGAAUGAUGCCCUCACCCACUCUGCUGUGCUCAUCCAGGGUCAUGGAAUGCACGGUCACGGUGAAACUGUCCAUGUCCCAUUCCCAUUUGACGACGAAGACCUUAAAGCAGAGUUCUCAUAUUCCAAUAUGUGUGCGCACAAAGCCCUUAAGAUCCUGCGGGACAAAGUGGAUCUGGAGCACCAGUGUGGCUACAUCACCAUGCUCAACCACAACAACAGACAUCGCAGACGACCCAGUGACGCCGACGGAGACCCUGAGCUUAGCGGUGUGCUUGAUGCCAGUGGAAGCAAUGAAUCUUUUGAGCUGGUUACGGAGGAGAAUAACGGAGACGGCAGCAAGAAACCGGGAACAGAAGUGUCGUCCAGUGAGGAUGAAUGGGUUCCUCUGGAGCUUUGCUUUGGGAUGCCUCUUUUUAGCUCGGAGUUAAACCGCAAAGUGUGUCAGAGGAUCGUCUCCCACAAACUCUGCAGCAAAGACAGUCUUCAAGAGUUACUACAUUCCAGUCGAAAACUGGCAUUAAAAGUUCUCAGUUUUGUUCAUUCAUUGCAGGAUGGAAAACAGCCCGCAGACCCUGACAGCGGGGUCUGGGGUCCCCUGAGUCAGCCCCCGGCAGAGUCUGGGGUCCCCCUCCCCGCAAUCAACCUGCUCUUCAAGGACGGCGAGCUGAAGGAAUGGAGCGGCCGAGCGCCGCCCUCCCUGCACUUCUCUGCCCCACAGAGAGAUCAGCCCACAUAAAACACUACCCUCAAAAUAACCCUGUUCAGAUCCACACCAUACACUGCUAAUGUCAUGAGUUACCAUGUUACCUGUGGCACUCAAUCACACACAGCCAUCAAGCGCUGCUGCCGCCAUCCGUCACGUCUGGAUGCGAGCGUCCAGAGUAAAGUCCCGACGGCUUCAAUCACACGUCCUAUUCACCCAAACAAAAACUAGAAAAUCUAUUUACAAAAAACCUUUUAAUGUGUAUAUAGACUUUGCUUGGAAAACAUAGGACCAAUCCUGAGGUUGGAUGAAGUCGCCCUACUCGUAUUACCAUGUUUUGUGACCUGAUGCAUGAUAUUACUGCACAAAAUCUCAAAAACUACUUGACUGAAUCAGCAGGGUUUGAAAACACAAAGUUGAGGUUUACGUUUUGCACAAAGCCUGUGGAUGACAUUCAGGUUUAUUCAAUUUUUUCUAUUGGAAAUCAAGACCUUUGUUGGGCCUUGAUUAAGGUUUUAGGUAGUAUUCCAGCUGGAAAUCUUGUCCGUCUCAAUUCUGCUUGGCAGAGGAGCGUUUCUGCUUCACUGAGACCAAAGACCAACUUGUUUUAUGUUGAGUUUUACUAUUAUUUUAAUUUGCGCUGCCUUAUUUGCUUUGUGCCCAUUAGACUACUGUAUCACCAAAUGCGUUUAUUCAACUAGGCCAGUUUGAACAUGUUCCCACUAUCUGCUUUUGUCUACAAACCUUCAAGUAGUGACAACAAGGUCAUCGAUUAUCCAUCAGUACCUAGAUGUGUUGAAUAUCAGUAUAAGUUUAGAGUUUAUUGUGCGAAUAUACAGUAAUACAGCAUUAAAUUCCCCUCAGUGGCCUGAUUUUUUUCCCCUCACGCCUUUACUGAGGGUGCUGCCAGUGUUUCCCCAAUCAAACCUUAUGGUAGUGGUGUAUGAAGACCGAUUAGAGAUCUUGGUGCUGCAUGAUGAGUGUGUAGAUUCAUUGUGUGUAUUGUGCACCAUCCUCUCCUCAUCUCUUUAUUUCCCCUUUCCAUUCCUUCCUGCAUCGAUACGACCCAAAACAACACCGGCUCCGUGCCUGACCCUGUCACAGUGUUAGGGAAAAAAUAACUGAUAGUUUUAUAAAGUCGCCCUGCAUUUUAGGAAUGCUCUGUUGUAGUGUGUUUGAUGGGACUGUGAACAUGCUCUUGUAAUUAAAUGGGUACAGAAGUUAAAUUUUCCCCUCACUCCAUCCCAUUCUCCAAAAUAUAUGUCAUAACAAAUGAGUAUGUAAAAAGUAUAUGAAAGUACUAAUAAAUAUGUUACAAAAG